CCCAGUCUGUCCCCAACCCGCUUCACCAGCUGCCUGGACGCCCGAUUGCCAACCCAUCCAAAGCAGGAUCGCACAUCCGGCUCAAACCCCUGAGAAUGAGCCAGCCCAUCGAUCCGUCGAAAAAUCCUGCUCCUGUGGAGCCAACACCCGAUGAUCAGCAGCAGAAACCCGAGACAGUGGAGUCUCGGCUCUAUAUCGGCAACUUGGACCCAUCCAUCACCGAGUUCAAGCUGAUCAAAAUGUUUGAGCGGUUCGGGCCCAUCGCCCGGAUCGACUACCUUUGGUACAAGGUCGGCCCUAAGAAGGGCCAGCCGCGAGGAUACUGUUUUCUAGAGUUUAUCCAGAAGGAGGAUGCAGCCAAGGCGCUGAGCGUCAUGAAAGGCAAGAUCGUAAGCGGACGGACGCUGGUGGUGUCAUACUCGCACGAGCAAAAGAAAACCGAUUUCGGCCCUGGAACGUUGAACCACAAGCUCCAAGCCGGUGUUCGGCCAGAGUACAUCAAUCCCAAGUUGCAGCCCAGGAUGACCAACACGAGCGUCGACGCCAAGAUCGCGGCUCUCGAACGCAAGUUGAGUCAGAUCGAUGGCAAGAAAGAAGCGUCUGCACCUUCAUCCCGUCCUCCGAUAUCGUCGUCAUCAUCAUCACGAGUGCGCAAGUCAUCGUCCGGCCGCCACCACCCAUACUGAUCCAUGCGUGAUCACAGCCACACCAGCAAUACUCGUUUCAGCCACACCUGCAUUUCUCAUUCAACAUGCCCCCCCCCAGCAACCUGAUGUGGAUCGGACGCCCUCGCGAUCCAAUAAAGUCCAC